AGUUUAUGUUGGGUUUAUUUUACAGAUGAGCAAUGUUCGAAGAGGUGGCUGACUCUAAGGGAGAGAUUCAGUAGGGAAGUAAGGAAAAUGGAGUCRCCAUCAGGAAGUGGGGCGAGUAACACCGAAACCUGGCCAUUGUUCGAUAAUAUGAGCUUUUUAAAACUAUAUAUACAGCCCAGACCAAAUCGCUGCACCACAAACAUUUUAGAAGAUAUGUAUUCGCAGGAGCUGUUGGAGCCAUUUAGUUUUGAAAGUUCUCCGACUAUUUUAUCGUCGCCUUCGGAGUUGUCGUCUUCAACUUCAAUCCGGAAAAGAGUCAAGAAAACAAACAGCGACGACGACAGCUGUUUCAAAGAAGCGUVCGAGCUAUACAAAAGCAUGUGUGCAGAGAGGAGCAAUUGCAGCGAGGCGGUGAGGUCGUUUGGUGUUAUGCUGACCUCUAUCAUGAACGGUAUGAGCGAGGUAAAGCAAAUGAAAACAAUACAAUUUUAA